GCCUGCGCCUUCGGAAUUCCCGUCGGGACGCAUUCUUGCUCCCUCCCUCCCUCCCUCCCUCCUAACCUCCCCCCGCAGCCAGCUGCGCGCGCCCGGUGGGCGUGGGAGGAGGCGUGGAAGCAGGGAGGGGGCGGGCGUCGCGGGAGGGAAGGAGCGAACCGGAGAGCGUCGUCCUGAGGAGGAGUGAAGGCGGCAAAAUGGCGGACCGCUUCUCCCGCUUCAACGAGGACAGAGACUUUCAGGGUAAUCACUUUGAUCAGUAUGAAGAAGGACACUUGGAGAUUGAACAAGCAUCCCUUGACAAGCCCAUAGAAUCGCAGUUGGCCCAUAUUAGCUAAGCAGCCAUGAUCUGCCCAGUUUUUAAAGCCAGGAUAAUAUUGGACACCGCUUACUCCAGAAACAUGGGUGGAAGCUGGGCCAGGGAUUGGGAAAAUCUCUUCAGGAAAAAAGCUGAUACUGAAAAUAGGAGUGGAAUGGGGGAGGUCAGGAAACAUAGCUCCUGAAUCACAAAGCAAGGGAGAACAGACCCUAUUCCAAUCGUUGUCAAGUAUGAUGUCAUGGGAAUGGGUCGCAUGGAAAUGGAGCUGGAUUAUGCCGAAGAUGCUACCGAGCGGCGGCGUGUCCUAGAAGUAGAAAAAGAAGACACAGAAGAACUGAGACAAAAGUACAAGGAUUAUGUUGACAAAGAAAAGGCAAUCGCAAAAGCCUUAGAAGAUCUUAGAGCCAACUUUUACUGUGAACUCUGUGAUAAACAGUACCAGAAACAUCAGGAAUUUGACAACCACAUUAACUCUUAUGAUCAUGCACAUAAGCAGAGAUUAAAAGAUCUCAAGCAGAGAGAGUUUGCCCGAAAUGUCUCUUCAAGAUCCCGCAAAGAUGAAAAGAAGCAAGAAAAAGCCCUUCGGAGGCUCCACGAAUUGGCAGAGCAAAGAAAACAAGCUGAAUGUGCUCCUGGAAGUGGUCCCAUGUUCAGACCAACCACAGUGGCUGUCGAUGAAGAUGGUGGAGAUGAGGAUAAAGAUGAGUCAUCAGCAAACAGUGGUGCAAGUGCCAUUUCUUCUUGUGGCCUUGGAUCUGAAUUCUCCAUGGAUAAAGGGGGCUCUUUCACUGCAGUACAGAUUACCAAUACCACUGGAUUGCCACAGGCUCCUGGGUUAGCCUCCCAAGGUAUCAGCUUUGGCAUUAAGAAUAGUCUGGGACCCCCAUUGCAAAAAUUGGGAGUGUCGUUUUCUUUUGCCAAGAAGGCUCCUGUCAAACUUGAAUCAAUAGCAUCUGUUUUCAAAGACCAUGCAGAAGAAGGGACCCCUGAAGAUGGAGCAAAAGCUGAUGAGAAGAGCUCUGAGCCAGGGGUGCAGAAGGUGGGAGAUACUGAUGGGAGUGGUAAUCUUGAUGGAAAGAAAGAAGAUGAAGACCCUCCGGAUGGAGGGUCCCUUGCCUCAACAUUGUCCAAGUUGAAAAAGAUGAAGCGGGAAGAAGGAGCCGGAGCUACAGAGCCAGAAUAUUACCACUACAUUCCCCCAGCACACUGCAAAGUCAAACCUAAUUUUCCCUUCUUACUCUUUAUGAGAGCCAGUGAACAGAUGGAAAGUGAUCAUAGUACUCACUCAAAGAAUGCCCCAGAUAACAAAAAAAGCAGCUCUCCCAAGCCUAAAGGUUGCACCAAGGCGGCAGCAAGCCAAGGAGCAGAAAAGAUGGUUAAUGAAGUUUCCGAGCCACAAAAGGAAACCACUGUGGCUGAGCCUUCAGAACCUGGAGACACAACUGAGACUAAGAAGGGCUCAGGAGGAGGUGUAGGUGAGCAAAGUGUGCAGAGUCAGGAGGCUCCAGAGAGCCAGGUGUGUGAGUCCAGUCCUAGAGUUUCUCAGGCCACCUCAGUGAUGGCAGCAGGCCAAGGACCCAAACACCCCACUGGUCCCUUCUUUCCAGUUUUGAGCAAGGAUGAAAGCACUGCCCUCCAGUGGCCAUCAGAACUAUUGAUUUUCACCAAAGCAGAACCUUCCAUCUCUUACAGUUGUAAUCCUUUAUACUUUGACUUUAAACUUUCAAGAAACAAAGAUGCCAGAACUAAAGGGACAGAAAAACCAAAAGAUGAUGGAGGCUCCUCAAAGGGUCGGCUCCAGGGCCUUGAUCCAAGAGAGCUAGUCAAAAGCAAGGAGGGAGAGGAACCUGCUGCAGAGACUGCCUGUAGCAGCUUGAACAAGCAGGAGCCUGGUGGGAGCCAUGGGUCAGAGACCGAAGACGCAGGAAGAAGCCAUCCUAGCAAGAAAGAACCGUCAAGCAAGUCCCACAGACACAAAAAGAAAAAGAAACACAAAAAAUCCAGCAAGCACAAACGGAAACACAAGGCUGACAUGGAAGAGAAAAGUUCUAAGGUGGAGUCUGGAGAGAAAUCUAAGAAGCGCAAAAAACGAAAACGAAAGAAGAACAAGUCAUCAGCUCCAGCUGAUUCUGAACGAGGACCCAAACCAGAACCCCCUGGGAGUGGUAGCCCUGCACCACCAAGAAGAAGGCGCCGGGCCCAAGAUGAUUCCCAGCGGAGAUCCCUUCCUGCCGAAGAAGGAAAUAGUAGCAAGAAGGAUGAUGGUGGAGGUGGCAGCAGCUCCCAAGAUCACAGUGGGAGGAAACAGAAAGGUGAGCCUCCAGCUUCAUCCUGCCCACGGAGAGCUGCUACCAAACAUAGCAGCCGCUCUAGCCACCGGAGCCACCCCAGUAGUGGCGAUGAGGACAGUGAUGAUGCCUCUUCUCACAGGCUGCGCCAGCAGUCUCCAUCUCAGUACAGUGAGGAGGAGGAAGAAGAGGAAGAGGAGGAUGAAGACUCAGGCAGUGAGCAUUCUCGUAGCCGCUCUCGCUCCGGCCAUCGCCAUUCCUCACACCGUUCCUCCCGGCGUUCUUACUCAAGCAGUUCUGAUGCUUCUUCAGACCAGAGCUGCUAUAGUAGACAGCACAGUUACUCAGAUGAUAGCUACAGUGACUAUAGUGACCGAUCACGAAGGCACUCCAAGCGCUCUCAUGAUUCAGAUGAUUCAGACUAUGCCAGCUCCAAGCACAGGUCCAAACGACAUAAGUACUCAUCAUCUGAUGAUGACUAUAGCCUUAGUUGCAGCCAGUCCCGAAGCCGAUCUCGGAGUCAUACUAGGGAGCGCUCAAGAUCCCGGGGCCGAAGCCGCAGCAGCAGCUGUAGUCGCAGUCGAAGCAAGAGGAGAAGUCGCAGCACUACAGCCCACAGCUGGCAGCGAAGCCGGAGCUACAGCCGGGAUCGCAGCCGCAGUACCAGGAGCCCUUCUCAAAGAUCAGGCUCCAGAAAGGGGUCGUGGGGUCACGAGAGCCCGGAGGAGAGGCGCUCCAGCCGUCGGGAUUUCAUUCGCUCAAAGAUCUACCGCUCUCAGUCUCCUCACUAUUUCCGAUCAGGUCGAGGAGAAGGUCCUGGAAAGAAAGAAGAUGGCAGAGGAGAUGACAGUAAAGGAACAAGCCUACCCUCUCAGAAUAGCAGUACUGGCACAGGAAAGGGGUCAGAAGGUGACUGCAGUCCUGAAGAUAAGAAUUCUGUCACUGCCAGACUGCUACUAGAGAAGAUCCAGUCCAGGAAAGUGGAGAGGAAACCCAAUGUGUGUGAGGAGGUGCUGGUCACCCCUAAUAAGGCUGGGCUCAAGUACAAGAACCCCCCACAAGGUUACUUCGGGCCUAAGCUCCCCCCUUCUCUUGGUAAUAAGCCUGUCCUUCCACUGAUAGGGAAGCUUCCCACUACCCGGAAGCCCAGUAAGAAAUGUGAAGAGUCUGGCUUGGAAAGGGGUGAAGAUCAAGAACAGUCAGAGCCAGAAGAAGGGUCCCCAGGGAGUAAUGAUGCUCCAUUUGGGCAUCAGUUCUCAGAGGAAGCAGCUGGUCCUUUAUCAGACCCUCCCCCAGAAGAGCCAAAGUCUGAAGAAGCUACUGCUGAUCACUCUGUGGCUCCGCCAGGCACCCCAGCACACACGGACUGCUAUCCUGGGGAUCCGGCUAUCUCCCAUAACUACCUCCCUGACCCCAGUGAUGGGGAUACCCUGGAGUCUCUGGAUAGUGGCAGUCAACCUGGCCCUGUGGAAUCCAGCUUGCUGCCUAUAGCCCCAGACCUUGAGCACUUCCCCAGUUAUGCACCUCCCAGUGGAGAGCCUAGUGUUGAGUCAACAGAUGGUACUGAGGAUGCUUCAUUGGCUCCCCUGGAGAGCCAGCCCAUCACCUUCACCCCUGAGGAGAUGGAGAAGUACAGUAAGCUCCAGCAGGCCGCACAGCAGCAUAUCCAGCAGCAGCUUCUGGCCAAACAAGUGAAGGCCUUUCCAACCUCAGCAGCUCUGGCCCCAGCCACACCAGCCCUACAACCCAUCCACAUUCAGCAGCCAGCCACAGCCUCUGCCACCUCCAUCACAACUGUUCAGCAUGCCAUCCUACAGCAUCAUGCUGCAGCAGCUGCUGCCGCCAUUGGCAUUCACCCUCAUCCUCACCCCCAGCCUCUUGCCCAAGUACAUCAUAUUCCCCAGCCCCAUCUGACCCCUAUUUCCUUGUCCCACCUCACUCAUUCAAUCAUCCCUGGCCACCCUGCCACCUUUCUUGCUAGCCACCCUAUCCAUAUAAUUCCUGCUUCAGCCAUCCAUCCUGGACCCUUUGCUUUCCAUCCUGUCCCACAUGCUGCCCUCUACCCUACCCUGCUUGCACCACGGCCUGCUGCAGCAGCUGCCACUGCUCUCCAUCUUCACCCUCUUCUUCACCCCAUCUUCUCAGGUCAGGACCUGCAGCACCCUCCCAGCCAUGGUACUUGAGUUGGGAAUUGUAAGCUUAAGUUGGGCCAGGGAAGGUGACCUCUUCUUCCCUUGGGGGUGUUGAGCCAUUUAUACCAGCAAGUAAAAAGCUGGAAUGGGCAGUGUCUUGACAGCCAAAGAAAUGAGUUUUGGCUUGCAGGGAUGGAUUUAGAUUUGAGGUUUGCUUUGGGUUUACUAUCAGGGAUAUCUUCCCCCUUUCUAUUAGUUCCUCCUGUGUUUCUAAGCUAGGGAACACCAGUACGUGCUACCCACACUCCUCUGCAGCAGACUGUCGAAUAUAGAUACUUCCUCUACUUUCUAAUCCUCUGCUCUUCCCUCUCUGUAAGUUUAAAGUGUUUUCCUCCUCUAAUGGGUUGUCACCAAAGCACUUGCCAUGGGCCCAUCUGGCCUGGCCUUCUCAGUGCCACGAGGAAGGCCAGGCUGUGUCUUCAGCGGUGGAGACCCCACCACUUUUGGGCAGUGUCUUUGAACAUUGGUGGCGUGUUGUCCCGGGUGAGGUGGAAGAGGGAGCAAAACCUAAAACCAAAAGCAACUCAGGCUGCAAUUUGAUCAUUGUCCUUACAAACAGAGCCACACGUGUGGCACUGCUGUCCUCGUGCCCCUCAUCCCAGAAGAGGCAUCUACACAUCCCAGAAAAGAUCCUGUCAUGAGUAGAAGCUACACGGAACGUAGUCACCCACUUGCUUCCCACAGAGGAGCUCAUGUCUGGAGGGUGUAUUUUCUUCUGUUAUGUUGGUGUUUUCUUCUUAAUUUAUAGGAUUUUUUAAUGUAAAAUUGCACUGAACUCUAAACAUAAAUGCUGCUUUUUGUAGCCCAUAUUAAAAAAGGUUCCGUAUUUGUAGUAUACUGCAAUAAUAUUUUUUACAUCCAGCUCUUUAAGUGAUCCUUGUUCUGGUGGCUUUCUGUAAAUAUGUUUGCCCUAGUUGAAUUAAGAAACUUUAAAGGUUAUAAAGUUAAAAAAAUAAAUAAUAAAGUAUUUGUUUUCUGCUAGAUGCAAAAAUGACUAAGCAUGUAUAUUUUAUCAAGCUCCUGUAUUUUUUGAAGUUAUGAACUAUAAAAAUGUUAAGUUUUUUUGUUUUUUUGUUUUUUUUUUUUUUUUUUUUUUUCUGGGACAAAUGUUAAGUAAUUUGCAGUAAUUGGUUCAUCCUGCACUGGGAUUUUUGAGUUAGUGAGCAGCAAGCAGCUGCAGGCAUCAGGAGGAUGCUCAGUUGCGGUGGUCUCCCUGACAUGCUUUGUUGUACAGAGAAACAGUAGACUCCAUGGAGGAGGGGAAGAUUGAUUCAACAGCUUUGUUCUCUGGAAGCAGUGACACACACUUAGUAGUUGUCUGGGAAGAGGGACCCUUUGGUUUCCCUGGGUACCUUGUUCUGGACAGUCUAUUUGCCUUCCUAGUAUUUAGCCCCCUCUGACAAUUUUUUUAAUGUGCCUUUUGGGUUGGCUAGAAACUAACAUAGAAGUAGACCAGAGGAUAAUAGACUUGGGACAGUUUUCUCCUCUUUUUGUUGGGAGAUGAGCAUAUCUGUAGGUUCAUGGAGGGCUUUGGCUUUACAGUUCUGUGCCGUCUGCCCAGCUCGGUUCUAGCAGUAUAGGGUCCUUUCUUCUUUUCUCCAUGACACCGACCAGAAGUGCAUCAGUCCCUCUUCCCCUCUUGCCUUCACCCAGGCUCUCAGCCCUAGUAACACUCUGACCCAAAGGUGCUUGUAAUGCAGGUCUCAUCUCCUCUGUUAGCGCUCUGCUGGUCUCAGCCAGCCGACAAGAUAAACAACCCCUACUUGCCUAGGCCUAGGGUCCCUAUCCAAGCCGCCUCAGAUCCCCCAGAAGGAGGAGGUUUUGGCUUCAUAAAAAGCAAGUACUGGGCAAAUGGCACUUGGCUGAGCCCCAUCCCACCCCUACCCCCCACCUGCUCAGUCCGGUCCUUGUCUGAUUCACAAGGAUCACUUUUUGGAUAACUAGCCCUGGAAAAAUGAAAUCAUCGAUUUGAAGUGAAGGGACUCAUUUUCCUUGCUUUCAGCCCAUGUAAAUAUUUAAAUAAAACAGUAUUAACAUUUUGUGCUGCUUCCCAUUAGGUUGUAGAUUGAGCCAUACUCUGGCCACCUCUGCCUUCCUGGAGGCAGUUUCUUCAAUUUCCAGAAUAGUAAUUUUAAAACUUAAGGAAAGAAAAAAAAACAAAAUAACCUGUCCUUACAAGCAUAAGCAUAACAGAUUGUAUUUAACUUUAUCACACAUGAUAGAGAUAUAUAUGCUGUAAAAUGAGGGAAAGGAACUUUCUAAUAAACCAAUGCUUUGUGGAAA